UGCUUUAUCGCCACACACCACCACAAACUCCAUUAAAAUACCCCAAAACUCUUUGCAAAACCUCCCAGCUAUGGCAUUUGCAUCGCAGGCAAUGAUAUCAACCACCAGCUAUGCAUUCCCUUCCCCAAAGCUAUUGUUUUUGAACAAAUACUCCAAACUUAACAGGACCAGGCAAUUCAAUUUCUUCGCUGUUAGAGCUUCUUCUGAUGAACCCGAUGACUGUAAUGAAGAAGAAUGUGCCCCGGAUAAAGAGGUUGGGAAGGUGAGUGUUGAAUGGUUAGCCGGGGACAAGACGAAAGUGGUCGGGACAUUUCCGCCCCGCAAACGAGGCUGGACCGGCUAUGUCAAAAAGGACACUGCAGGGCAGACCAACAUUUAUUCCGUAGAGCCUGCAGUUUAUGUAGCUGAAAGUGCAAUAAGCUCGGGAACUGCCGGUUCUUCAUCUCAAGGAUCUGAGAAUACGGCAGCAGUUGCCGCCGGAUUUGCUGUUAUCUUUGUCGCUGCUGCUUCAUCUAUAGUCCUUCAAGUUGGCAAGAACUCACAUCCGGUGAAGACAGUCGAAUAUACUGGACCGACGCUUAGUUACUACAUAAACAAGUUUAAACCAACAGAUAUUAUCCAGGCUGCAGCACCGAGUGUGACCGAAACUCCUUCAUCGGAGUUACCGGAAAACUCAGCUCCCCAAGUUUCAGAGGUUCAGGUUCAAUCUGAACUUCAACCAGAACCUUCAAGUCUAAGCGGUACUUCAUAGAAAAAUUUUGGGACCAAUCUGUUGUAAUGUUAAAAUUUAUGUCCUUAAUAGCUCCUGUGUGCUAUAUAUUGAAUUGCUACAGUAUUUAUACAGGAAUAAAAUUUAUCAUUUUUAA